CUGCUCUCUGCUUACCCUUUAUCUUAAACAUACCACCAUUAACAUAUCUGACCCCACGAAAGGCUUGCUGAACACACGCGAGGGGAACCUGUAACGCUAGCCACAAAUGCGUGUGAUUCGUGAAGGAAGUAGCUUUAGCCCGCUAAUCAACUUACGAGAGCACUUUCAACUCACCUUUUCCAAACAUCAAAGGGAUCUACAGCUGCGACGUGUGUUGAUUUCUAUCGCUGACAUAACAGUUACGCGUGCUGAAGUCAUGGAGGAAAUCAUUGGGGUCUGUGGUCUGGAAGCCAGAGGACUCGUUGAAGGGAGCAGUUCACCUCCGGAUGUGGAGACCCCAUCCCAGGAGGAUUUGACCGGGCUGGUGAGCGGCGAGGAGGAGAGAGGGGAGACGCCUGGACGGGAGGAUAGUAACCCUGACCCCCUCGAUGGGGAGAUGGACCCUAACGCUGAGAAAACCAAGGACCAUAAUCCAUUUGGCAAAGAGGUUUUGUUGCUGAUGCAGGCGCUUCAUACCUUAGCCACCCCAGAAGAAAAACUUGCUGCCCUUUGUAAGAAAUAUGCAGACCUGCUGGAGGAGAGUCGCAGCAUGCAAAAGCAGGUGAAGGUGUUGCAGAAAAAGCAGAACCAGGUGCUGAAAGAGAAGAUCCAUCUGCAGAGCGAGCACAGCAAGGCCGUCCUGGCACGCAGCAAACUGGAGAGCCUUUGCAGGGAACUUCAGCGCCAUAACAAGACCCUGAAGGAGGAGAACGCUCAGAGGUUCAGGGAGUAUGAGGAGCGGCGCAAGGAGGCGACGCUGCACUUCCAGAUGACGCUCAAUGAGAUCGAGGUCCAGAUGGAGCAGCACAACUCGCACAACAGCAAGCUGCGGCAGGAGAACAUGGAGCUGGCUGAGAAACUCCAGAAGCUCAUCGAGCAGUACGAGCUCCGGGAGGAGCACAUCGACAAGGUGUUCAAACACAAGGAACUGCAGCAGCAGCUGUUGGACGCUAAACUCCAGAGGACGGCUGAGCUGAUGCGAGAGGUGGAGGAGAAGCAGCAGAGAGAAAGAGAGUUUCUUCUGAAGAACGCGACUGAGUCCAGACAUAAAUGUGAGCUGAUGAAGGAGCAGGAGCAUCAGUUAAAGCAGCAGCUCACUCUGUACAUGGACAAGUUCGAAGAGUUUCAGACCACCCUCGCCAAGAGCAACGAGGUCUUCACCACCUUCCGACAGGAAAUGGAAAAAAUGACAAAGAAGAUCAAGAAGCUUGAGAAGGAGACCACGCUAUGGAGGACCAAAUGGGAGACCAACAACCAGACUCUACUGCAGAUGGCAGAAGAGAAAACGGUGCGAGACAAGAAUUACAAGGCCCUCCAAGGGAAACUGGAGCGACUGGAGAAGCUUUGCAGGGCCCUGCAGAGAGAACGCAACGACCUGAACCAGAAACUCCACGACCUUCAGGGCCCAGCGAAAGAUCCUGAGGAAGAAGGUACGGGUCCUCCUGACCCUCAGCCGCAGGGGCUCAACCCAGAGAUGGAGAGAGAGGUGGAGGGUUUGGAGCUUCAGCCUGAGGAAGCGGGCACCACAACAUCCAGACAACUCAUUGGCGACUGAGCC